UCGCACAUGCAUAUCAUGCCGCUUGUACAUUGAGUGCAUCGACUCUGGUUCUAAUCCUCGGGCAAGUCGAAUCGCAUCUGCUGUUUCCAACGUUCAAAACUCCAUCGACGGAGGCAGGUGCUUGUUAUCCGAUCACAGAGGCUUAUCUGCACAUGUUGUAUGAUUCUCGCCGAACAAGAAUCAGGAGAGUACCCUUGUUAUCAGGCGAGAAUCAAUCACUUCCGACUUGGCCUAUCGAGCAAGCAUUGCUUGGACUGAGUUCAUGAUCGACCCCCGAUGCCUUCCAAUGCCUUCAAUGGUUGGGUCCAGCCAAACAUGAACAUUGCGGGCUGAAUGCGUCGCCUUUUGUGAUUGCUUAUCGCAAUGCCGACAUCCCAGCGAUGGCACACAUCAUGAACGCGAUCAUCUUUCUGUCAGUCGUCUCGACAGGCAGUAUCUCAUGCUAUGCAGGAGCACGGACACUCAUGCGCUUGGCUCAUCUUGGUAUGGCACCUAAGCAAUUCGCCAAAGCAGACAAGAGUGGGCGUCCGUGGUACGGCAUAGUACCCACGCUGAUUAUAGGCGGCGGCCUGGCAUAUCUCAACGUCAACAAUUAUGGUGCUCAGGUCUUCACCUGGUUCUCGAACCUGACUUCUCUGUUCACUCUGUUCUGCUGGGGUUCGAUCUGUCUGUCUCACAUUCGAUUCCGACUUGCUUGGAAGGCACAAGGUCGAUUGAUAGACGAUCUGCUCUGGAAGUCCUGGACAUAUCCUUACGCUGCUUGGUGGGCUCUGGCUAGGUGCAUCAUCCUUCUUGUUGUCGAGUUCUACCCUUCAGUCUGGCCUCUUGGUGAGCCCCCGUCUGCCAGGACGUUCUUCGCGAACUAUGCAUCUGCUGUGGCUAUCGUAUUUCUGUAUUUAGGAGCACGAGUGUAUUAUCGCGGUCCUUGGUGGGUCAACAUUUCCAAGGUUGAUCUCGAUCUCGGGCGUAAAUUCUACGCUGAUUCCCAAGACUUGGAGAAGAAGCACGAUGACAUGGUUACAAAAGUCGUCAAGGGCAUCUUCACAUAGACGAAGGCAGGAUACAUGAGGAUGCAUAGAUAGAAGUUGAAUUGUUGAACGCCGGGGAAAUGCUUCUAUGUAAAUUCGCUUUUGAAAAACUGAAAGACACGUUGAAAAUUGAGAGGUGCAAUGUGCU